AUGGUUUCUAUUGUUGCAAUACGUGAAAUUAAUUUCAAUAAUUCAAUUGAAAAUAUUCAUUAUUUUAAUGAUAAUGAUUGGAUCUCCACACCCAUUUCAAGUGCUAAUCAAGUAUCAACAAUAACAGUAGUAGCCGAAUGGUUUGAAAAAGAAACUCAAAUAACAUUUGCAGGUGAAAACUUUACUAUAAAUCCAUCAUGUUUAAAAUACACAAAAACAAUUGGUCAUUAUCCAUUCUCAACUUCUUUAAAUACAUUUGAAUUAAUAUUUAAAAGUUUUAUUGAAACUUCAAAAACUGAUGACAUUUGUUCAAGUGAACAAUUUGGUUUUAAUGAUAAUUUUAAUUAUUUUGGACUCCAAGUUGGUGAAUUUUGUUUUCUUUUGAGAUUUUUAAAAAGAGCAAUUAUCGAUAAUGGAAUAGUACAAACAAUUAGUAAUAAAGUUUUAACAGAUUUCAAUCAGAAUGAAAAAUUAAAUAAUACAACCUCAAGUAAAAAAUUAUCAUUUGUCGCUAUUCAAAUACCUUUAUAUAAAUCAAAAAUUGAAAUUGAUCCAGACUUUUCUGUAUUAUUAAAUUCAAAUCCAGCUUCUUCAAAUUCUGAUAAUUCAAUAUGCACAUCAUCAUCUUCAUCAUCUUUAUCAAAAUCUCAAAUAGCUGGUAUUGUAAUUGGUUAUGUUUUUUUUGUAAUUAUUUUUGUUUUGGUUAUUUUAAUUUUAAUACCUCCACAUUAUAAAAUGUCAAUAAGACUUCACUAUCACAAAUUAAGAAAAGAUUAA